GGAGAUGCUCAUAUAGUUCCUGUCUGCAAUGCCUUAAUCCAGCUAGGUUGUUACAUAGCAGUCAAUCACCUAGCACAAAUUUUGUAGCAGUUGCAGAUGGCCAGUUGCACAGUCUCGGUGAAGCACUGCAGAACCCCGGUCUCAACUCAGUUACUGUUAUAAUCACGAUUUUUGUUUUAGAUCCAGCUGUGAAAGCAGAAGUUACAUCAAUGAAGGAUCAGCUACAGAACUAUUCCUCGAAAGUAAUAGGGAAAACAAUUGUUUACCUAAAUGGUACGACUCAUGCUUGCCGUUUUCAUGAGUGCAACUUGGGAAAUUUAAUUUGUGACGCUGUGGUUUACAAUAACUUAAGACACCCAGAUGAUAUUGAGUGGAAUCAUGUUUCCAUGUGCAUUGUAAAUGGUGGUGGAAUACGGUCACCUAUUGAUGAACAAGCCAAUAACGGCAUUAUUACCUUGGAGGAACUGACAGCAGUUUUGCCAUUUGGAGGAACUUUCGACUUGCUGCAGAUCAACGGUUCUACUCUAAGACAAGCAUUUGAGCACAGUGUUCACCGACAUGGGCAAGGAACUGGGGAAUUGCUACAGGUCUCAGGCAUAAAAGUGGUGUAUGAUCUCUCCCAAAAGCCAGGGAAAAGGGUGGUCAGCUUAAAUGUUCUUUGCACAGAGUGCAGAGUACCAACUUAUGUGCCGCUUGAGAUGGAAAAGACCUACAAAGUGCUUUUACCUUCUUUCCUUGCUGCUGGCGGUGAUGGAUACUACAUGCUAAAGGGGGACUCAAGUAACCACAACAGUGGUAAGUAUUAGCCUUUCUGGUGAUUAGCAGAUGGCAAUGUAAUUAGAAUGACUAAUUAUGGAAGUACUGGAAUUCAUAUCCCUGAAAUGAAUCUUUACAACGUAACUAAGGACAGCAUUGCUAACAUCCCACAAUUUCUAUGUUCCCUUUUUCAAACUGCAACAAAAUCUAAUAUGAUUUGGGCCAUUAUGCAAAUGAGGGAAAAUAGAACUGCAAGCAACUUCACCAUUUUCCCGUAAAGCAAGAUUUGAGAUAAAAAUACAAAACUGGAUCAAAGUGUCAUCUUCGAUGAAGAGCCAUGGUAGCACAGUAGUUAGAAUACAGUAUUGCAGGCUAACUCUGCCAACUGCCAAUAGUUCGAUCCUGGAGGGCUCAAGGUUGAUUCAGCCUUCUAUCCUUCCGAGGUCAGUAAAAUGGCGACCCAAAUGGUUGGGGGAAAUAGGGGGAAAUAUGCCCUGUAAACUGCUUAGAGAGGGCUGUAAAGCACUGUGAAAAUAUAUAUCAGUCUGAAGUGCUCUUGCUAUCAUUUUCGUGUCUUUUACUUCCAAAUAGAAUAAUCAAGCAGCAUUUGUGUUCAAGGUAUUAACACAGGUUUAUUUAUAAACUAGCUAGGAAAAUCUACUUGUGUAUCAAAAAUGCAGUUGGGAGAGUAGAUCUCAAGUUUCUCUCUAAAGAAACAUUUUCACUGCUCUUUUCUAUCUGGUGGCAUGGUUGGUGCUGCCUCCUUAUUGUACAACACCAGCAAAAAACCUCUUAAGGCUCCAGACGCUGCAUGUGCGGUUUAUAAAAUCUAGGA